AUGUUCAGGAAGUUCAUUGAUCUCACCAGUUACGAGCAUGGUUUCACCAUCAUUGACAAUGGAGGCCGAUUCUUUGCCAUGAGACAUGGCAAGCGGGUACCAAAACUCAAUCGGCCCCCUGAUCAGCGUCGGGCCCUUUUGCGUGGCCUCACAACUCAGCUAUUAAAGCAUGGACGCAUCAAAACUACGAGAGCAAGGGCUAGUGCCAUGAGGAAGUAUGUGGAUAAGAUGAUCACAUUGGCUAAAGAUGGAACUCUUCAUAAAAGGAGGCAAGCCCUCGGUUUCAUUUAUGAAAAGCAGAUUGUCCAUGCAUUGUUUGCAGAGGUCCCAGAGAGAUAUGGGGAGAGGAAUGGAGGAUAUACGAGAAUUAUCAGAACCCUACCAAGGCGAGGGGACAAUGCACCUAUGGCAUACAUUGAGCUUGUUUAG